CCAUGACCGACUCCUGUCCACGGCCGCCCCGACGCCCCACGGCCUCUGCCUGUGCGGCCGCGCCGCCCCGGCCUCGUCCGUCUGCGCUGACGCUGCGCCCACGGCCCCCCGACGCCGCACGCCCGUGCCCGCCCGCGUCGCCUCUGCCCGCACCGACGGCCGACGCCCCGAGGCUGCCUGCUCCAUCGCCGUCGCGGCGUCGCCCCGAGGCCGUGCGCUGUCGCAGCACGCCUCGGACGGCUCCAGUGGUGGCCGCGGCGCCGGCCCCUCGAACAGCACCACCCUCUUGAGCUCCUCCUCGUCGUCCAUCUCCGUCACCGCUCCAAUGCCAUGCCCACUGCCAGCAGCCGACUGUUCGUUGAAAGGGGGCUGAGGCAUGCAUGCAUGGCGUUCGUUGAAAUGUCUGGAAGGUUUGCAGCUAAACUGUUCAGGCUACUGGUUUGGGAGUCCUUGCGUACACUGAGGUAGUAACACUUGGAUGUUUCUUUUUCUUCAGGAGUAGCUUUUAUUUCUUCAUACAUCAUGUAUGAUCCAUCCUGCAGAUUGAGACAUUGCUACAAUUUUUGGGUUCAGCCGCUAUUGUUCAGCUAGUGGCAACCAGGCUCUCUCGUUUGCCGAUGUGCAUAAUUCAUUCCUCUCUUUUCUUAAUUGGCUUCAGGGCUGUCAACAGGAUCUGCACUUCUUUUAGGAUAGAAUAUCUUUUUUUAAUGAUCAAAUCUUACAUAUUUUUAUGGUGCUAAGGGGAUCGACAAAAGACCCUUAAACAGAUUGAUCAGUUAAUAAGAAGGUUGCUCCGAAGGAUCUUGUUGAUGAAAUAAAGGUAGCUAGCCACCUUCUAUUGAUGUAUGAAUGUGUGAGGACAAAUGACUCCAAGUGGAGCAAGUUCGAUCUUUUGCUCAAGUUAGAAGAGCUUUUGUAUGUAACGGUUGAUCGGUUAGCUAGAGAUAAGAUCAGUACCAAGGAAACUUAACAAUUUGAGUUUAUUAGGAGAACUCGGCUCACCUAUCUUAAAUAUGCCAGCCAUAAUGCCAUGGAGGAUCAGUAUGAGUUAAGCCGAAGUUAACAUUUGGCCCUGUCUCCGAAUUUUUAAUUGUGAGAAUGAUUCAAUGAGAAGCUAUAUAUGUGAUUCCCUCCACUAGUAGUAUACUCCAUACUAGGCUUGAGUGGUUGACCUACACUCCUAGAAAUCUGUACUACUUAUUAAUUUUCUUAGCCGUCAUUGUUACUUCCAAAUACUUUGAGGGCUAACCGGCUAAGUUAGCAACUACAAGAACUGCUAUAAAAGGGUGCUCCUCAAGGUACUCAAGCGAGGUAAGGUAACAAUGGCUCACGCAGAAGCUGGAGGAUCUCUACCAGUGCCAAAUGUUCAGGCACUUGCACAAAAUUACAACAUUUCAGAGGAGCAGAUCCCCGAAAGGUAUAUCAGGUUGGAAGAAACCGCCGAGGAGGUCAUCGGUGGUCAUGACAUCUCCUCUGCAAUUCCAAUUAUUGAUCUCAACAAGUUGCUGGACCAGCAGUCAUCCAAAGAGGAGUGUGCCAAGCUUGGAUCUGCCUGUAGGCAGUGGGGUUUCUUUCAGCUCAUCAACCAUGGUGUACCAGAUGAAGUGAUCUGCAACUUCAGGAAUGACAUGACUGAAUUCUUCAAGCAGCCACUGGAAGAAAAGAAGGUGUACUCGAUGGAACCGGGCAAUCUUGAAGGGUAUGGCCAGCACUUUGUUGUUUCCGAGAAGCAGAAACUGGACUGGGCAGACAUGUUCUACCUCAUGCUCCGUCCAAGCGAUUCUAGGAACCUGAGGUUAUGGCCUAGCAACCCGCCAUCUUUCAGGGAGUCCAUAGAUAUGUACUCCUCUGAGGCAGCAAAGCUUGUGGCUUGCUUGCUGCGGUUUGUUGCCAUGGACAUGGGUGUUGAGCCGGAUUCUCUCCUUGAGAGAUUCGGAGGUCAGCCUCAAAGCAUGCGGAUGACCUACUACCCGUCAUGCAAGCAGGCUGAAAAGGUGGUCGGACUGUCGCCGCACACUGAUGCUACCGGCCUGACGCUGCUGCUCCAGGCGAAUGGCGUGCAGGGGCUGCAGAUCCGGAAAGACGGCAAGUGGAUUGCUGUAAACGCCCUGGAUGGCGCCUUCAUCGUCAAUGUUGGCGACAUACUUGAGAUUCUAAGUAAUGGAAGAUACAAAAGCAUCGAGCACAGGGCCGUGGUGCACCCAACCAAGGAGCGCACGUCGGCGGCAGUGUUCCACCAGCCAUGCCAGGAUGCCACCGUCGGCCCUCUGCCGGAGCUUGUGAAGAGGGACGGUGAGGCUCUGUAUAGCUCAACUGGUUACAUGGAUUUUAUCGCACGCUUCUUCGCGGCAAAGCUUGAUGGGAGGGAUCACCUCGAGAGCUUGAAGAGUUGAUGGUUGUCCAUGAAGCAAUGGAGAUGAAUAAUGCUUGUUGCUUGAUCAUGUACUGAAGUUUCUUUCCUGCGUGAAGUAUUUUUUCCAGUGUUUGUUUUUAGCUUCGUGCUAUCUGCUUGCAGUUGCAGACUUGCAGUUUGGUUCAUAUAUUUGUGUCCCCCAAACUUCUUCUGGUAUGAACGUUGGGUUUUAUCUUGCAUGUAAAAAAUGGUGUCAAUGCCAAUUUCAUAGUAAAAAGAAAGAUAAAAAUAUGGCUGGCGUCA